AUGUGUGCCAUUCUGGACCUGGGGUUCAGCACAGGGGGUGGUGUGAGCCUUGAGCCGACGAUCUCGGAGGACUUCUGCCCUCUAGUGCUCAGGAGAGCUGACUCCCAGCACACUGCUGCUGCUACUGCUGCUGAUGCUGAUCCAGGUCUGAUGUCAGCAGACAUGAUGGGACCUCAGAUCAUCAACCACCAGCUCCAGAUGUUGGCGCAGCAGAAGCGUGCCCUCAUCCUUCAGCAGUCCUACUACAAGAGACAUCAGGAACACCUGAAGUCAAGUCUACUACAGCAGCAACAGUCAGACAAUACACACAAGAUAGAGAUGGAGAACGUAGCCCUGAUAAAACCAGCCCAGCCGCAAGACUAUCUACUAACGCUGCAGCAGAUUGGACUACUGUCUCAGACUAUACCACUUGGACUAGGUCUUCUUGAAAGCCAGAGGGUGUGGUUGGAGAAAAUCCAUGGAGACUCAAUGGCCCUGAACAAGACUUCACCCACCAAAGGCACAGACCCCACCAUCACCGCAAGUACCACUGACAGUCAGUGGGUUCUGGAUGCGGAUGUCCACUGUCUCUACGGUUACGGCACGUGCCGAUGGCCUGCCUGUGAGAUGGUGUGUGAAGACUUUGAGGACUUCCUCAAGCAUCUUACCAGUGACCAUGUGCUUGAUGACAGGAGUACGGCCCAGUGUCGAGUCCAGAAGCAGGUAGUGGAGCAGCUGGCUCUCCAGCUCUCUAAGGAGCAGCAACGGCUACAGGCCAUGAUGUCCCACCUGCAUCUGCAGCCGCCUGAGCCCCACGCCAUCCCCUCUACGAUUCAUCUAAAAGCAAACGGGAAGACGGCUGCGGCGCUCCUGCUAGACAGCCCGGACUCUGAAGCCCCGCGGCCCCUCAGCAACGCCUCCAUCCCCUGUCCCCCGUCACACUUGACCCCCCACACCCCGCCGUCACCACCAGCCCAAACUGGAGCUCUACAGAGGUCAAGCACGCGACCCACGCGACGUCACAGCAGAGGACAUGCUCCAGGCCGCCUCUAUAGGGAUCACCACACUGCUCUGUAUGCAGACCUGUGCCCUUCCGAUUAUGAGUUUUACAAGAAUGCAGACAUCCGUCCUCCAUUUACAUAUGCAGCACUCAUCAGACAGGCCAUAAUUGAAGCAUCUGGCAUGCGCCUCACCCUGAGGGAAAUCUACCACUGGUUCACACGCACAUUUGCCUUUUUCAGGCGCAAUGCGGCCACAUGGAAGAAUGCAGUGCGCCACAACCUGAGCCUGCACAAGUGUUUUGUGCGGGUGGAGAACGUGAAGGGUGCUGUGUGGACUGUGGAUGAGGACGAGUACCAUAAGCGCAGGUCACAAAAAAUAACAAGCUUUGGAGACAGAGCUGGACUAAAUGCAAAAGGACAGAGAACGUCACAGGAGUCCAGCCCUCUGGUAAUGGGGAGCUCUGCCAUGCUAGACAAGAGCAAGGGGUCACCUGGACCUGAGAACUCUACCCGGAAACGGUCUCGAGUGUCAGAUAACGUUGCCAGGCUGAGUAACCCAUCUCCUGGGUUGGUGUCAGAUAACGUUGCCAGGCUGAGUAACCCAUCUCCUGGGUUGGUGUCAGAUAACGUUGCCAGGCUGAGUAACCCAUCUCCUGGGUUGGACAACUCAUCAACACCACAGGCCAACAGCUCACCCGAGUUUAAAACUCCAAGUGUAAAAUCUCUGGAUGGUCUUAUCCCACCCACGUUGCAUAAGAAUGAGGAUGACUUGGGCUGUUUUUCCACCAACGGGCAGAUAGCUGCUGAACACGUCAAAAAGGAGAAUCCAACCAAGAUGCACCAUUGUAACUGUCUUCUUCGUGAAGAGGACGAGGAACUAUGCAAGUCCACAACCGCAGAAAAGACCAGCUGAGUCCAACUGUGUACUGUGUACCAUUCAGCACAUAGCUACCAGUCCAGUCAUGCCUUUGAUUUUGACCCUGCUUUGUAUUCUGGUGCAUUGUGGGUUCCCCUGCUCUGCUUGGACUGCAUGGGCUUAUUUUCCGAGGUCAACAAAAUGAAAGAGUUGGGAGAGUAAACAUCCUGCCAUGUGUUCUCCCUGCCUGCUGAGUGUUCAACACGGCAUACGCUUGAUAUGGAACUGAAACUGGUUCCAGCCUUCAGCACAUCCCAGGGUUCCUCCUGAAAGCAAGGCCAAAGUAACAUAAGACAUAAAAAGGAAAAGUUCACUUCAGCCAGGAUUUUUUUGCUCCUUCUUUUGAUUAUUUAGACAUUUCAAAAGCCAAUAGACCCUUCCUCAGAUGUCACAUUUAUUUGGGAUUGAAAUGUCUGAAAGGUGGCCAACCGGUGGGGCGGUCGCCUGCCAUGCGUCUGACAUGGGUUCGAUCCCCGGUCUGUGUCCUUUGCCGACCCCUCCCCGUCUCUCUCCCAGUUGGCUUCCUGUCCACCUCUCACACUGUCCUGUCAAAUAAAGUCGAGAAAAGACACACAAAAAUAUUUUUUAACAAAAAUUAAAAAGAAGAAAUGUCUGAAAGGUUAUUUUUCGGCUCGAAAACAAUCAGUUUGGAUAUGAUAUUGUACAGGAGACCAAUGCAAUAUUGUUAAGGGAUGUGGAUAGAGUGUGGGAGUAAUAUAAUGGACGUAUACUGCGGAGUCUUCCAAAGUAUUUUACUAAGUGAUGCCUCUCAUUCAACAACUCAUGAUGGUCAAAGGCUGAAAAGAAAGGUGCCCAGUUUAUCUCAAGUGUCUUGCUGAUAACAUUCGUUAUGGAAGCUGUGGUAUAGAUUUAUCUCGGUUUCUGUAUAUUGCAGCCCAUCAUCAGUGUAUUAAACUGUAAUCUUUUUGGUGAUUCUGACUACAUGUACUGACAUACUAUCAUGUUCUUGAUCUCUACAACCCUGAGCCAUGGUGCACCUAGCUCUAGACCACUAUGAAUAAAAGCAUCAAGCAAAACUGUGGAGUUUGAAAGG